UUACUGAGUCUCUCGAAAGACCCGGUGACCUGCGACGGUGACUUGAUAACAGAACAUCGCUAUAUGUCCCUUCUAUACUGAAGAGCGCGCCCUGAAUUCUCCCUGACAGUGCGUGUUCGAUGUAUGAAAUUAAACAAAUUCCCUCGUUUUUCUCUUUGCGGGUUUAACAAGUUUACUGCACUGGAGCUGGACACUACGGGCUGUGAUCGCGGUUGUAUACCAUACGUAUGCAGGUGCAUGAACAGAUCACCUGUUGAUCCUCUUUGAGAGAUCGAUAUUUCAAUUAUUUUAUUCAAUUCAAUACCUUAUUUAAAAAAAUAUUAUGUUUAAAGUUAAUUACAAUAUUAAUGCACUUUGAGUGAAAUUUUUAUGUAUUAAGCACAUUAAUCAGCUAAACGUGUACAAGAACUUAUACAUAAAAAGAGUGUGUUUUGUGUGAAAAAUAUAAAUUUUUUAAAAUAUAAAAAGAUCGUGUUUUGUGAGAAGAUUAUAAAUUUUUUUAAAUUUUGUUCCUGUCCGUGGAAGUUUGAAAUUUUGUUCCUGUCUGUGGUAGUGUGGCACCUUCGAUAUGAAUCUAUUGUUGGGUGACUCGCAAUUAAAGUUUGUAAGCUUCAUUCCAUCUUAUAUUUCAAAAUGCUGGAAAAGUGGAAUGAAGCUAAACACCAUUCCAGAAGAAUUUUGGGCGUCGCUCCCCAAUUAUGACACUGUUGUCAUACAUUUAGGGACAAAUCACAUACCAUGUAAGUUUGAUUCUCCUGAUUCGGUGCAACGAAAGUAUAUGGGACUUAUUCGGAGAAUCCGGAAAAUCAAUACAAAUAGCUGUAUUGUUAUAUCCGGAAUCAUUCCUCGUUCUCAGAACCACUACAAGGAAACGGAUUGGGACAACCUCAAUAAGAAAGCGGCUAAUACCAAUUGUCUACUGAAAGAUAUCGCAGACAGCGAGAGGAAUGUAUUUUUCCUGAACAAUUGGGCUUCGUUCACAUUGCCGAAUGGUGAUCCAAAUGGACAGCUGUUAUCCAUAGAUGGCCUUCACCUUUCGCAUCCCGGAGUUCAGGUCUUAGAAGAAAACAUAAAGGAAGUAUUGUUACAUUCGGGUACAUUAAUCAAUAAGCAUGAUGAAGUUGUAAAUAACACCAGCAUGCAUUUUUUCAAGAAAAUUUAUGAAAAUGAUGUUAACAGGAGCAGCAGCAAAAGUGAAAAUGAAAUCAGAGGUGAAAGAGGUACUGCUGAUGUAAAAAGUGAACAGAGAAUUACAGACGAGAAGCAUUUUGGAACUGGGUGUAGUGGCGAUGGAAAGGGAACUGAGGAUGUUGGAGGUAUGCGAGGUGACGAUGUAAGUGAAAAUGGAAAUAGAGGUGUUGAAGGCGUAUGCCUGAGUAGUGAGAGACGUGUGAGUACAAGAGGUAGCAGCAAUGGUAAAAAAAGUGAAAGAAAAAAGGGUGACAAAGAAGUCGUAAGUGAAAGUGGAAACAGAGGUGUUGAAGGUGUAUGUGUUGGUAGCGAGAGACAUACGAGUACAAGAAGUAGCAGCAAUGGUAAAAAAAGUGAAAGAAAAAAGGGUGGCAAAGAGGUCGUAAGUGAAAGUGGAAAGAGAGGUGUUGAAGGUGUAUGCGUGGGUAGUGAGAAUAUGAGUACAAGAGGUCACAGCAAUGGUAAAAAAAGUGAAAGAAAAAUGGGUGGUGGUGAGGUCAGAGGCACACAAGGAAGUGGCAGAGGUCAGGAGAGUAGCAGAGAGAAGCGUGCACAUGAGAGUGGUAAAAGUUCACAAGGGGAAGAUAUUAUACGUGAGAAAUGCGGCAAAAAAAGGAGAAGACGAGAUUGUGAUAAUAGUGGUACUGAAAGGAAGGGUAGUGGAGAGAAGUAUAUUGGUGAGAGGAGGAAAGGUGCACAAGGAAGCUGUGGUAAAAUUAGAUUUAUCAAAGGAAAGCGAAAACAAGGUGGAGGUGGUAGUUCUCAGAUUAGUCAUGAAAAAAGUGAGAUAAGACCAUGUAACAGUAAAUGCUAUGUGUAUUCUGCUGGGGGAAUUAAUGGUGGUGUUGGUGGAGCUUGUAAUGAGACUGGUGUCAGUGGUGUCUGUGAAAAAAAAACGACUCUAGCAGCAUCUGACUCAAAAGAGCAUAAUAAUACAUCAAUAAAAUCUCCCCCUAAAAAAAUGUACCCUAAAAAAUGUAAAAAUUGCGAUAAAUUGAUUACCACUAAAGGAAACGCUUAUAAGCAUAAAAAAAAGUGUCCUUUGGAGCCAAAUAAUUUGCUUGGUCCUAAAACAACUGCUAAAAAUGAUAGUAAUGUCAGCAUUGGCAGUAAUAAGAUUAAAACUACACAAAAAAUUUACCCUAAAAAUUGUGAAAAUUGUGAUAAAUUGAUUACUACUAAAGAAAACGCUUAUAAGCAUAAAAAAAAGUGUCCUUUGGAGCCAAAUAAUUUGCUUAGUCCUAAAACUGAUGCUAAAGAUAUAAUUAAUUGUGUUGUUGAUCUAAGUGAAUCCCCCAUUUACAAAAAAUCUGAGUCGAAUCCCAGCAUUAAAAAAACAAUGUAUCCCAAACUUUGUGACUUUUGUGGAAAAAACAUGCUAAACCGUAAAGCAAAUUAUAUCCAUAACAAAAGAUAUUGUCCCAAAAUUAAGCGUACAUUGGAAGCAGUUUAUAAAGAUCACUGCUACCAUACAAAAAUAAUGAGGCGAUGUCCGGAUUGUCGUGUUGUUUAUUCCUCUCAAAGAUCUUUUACAAAACAUUUCAAAAUUUGUAAUAAAAAUCAAAUUAAAACAAAUCUGCCCUGCUUAAAGCAUGGGUGCAUUUCUAAAUUUAAAACUUACUCCUCAUUACUUAAGCAUUUAAAUAGAGAUCAUUUGGUUGAAAAUGACAUCAUAUCUCUUUCAUUUUCGAAUAUUUCGGAAUUCAACAAUUGGAAAGAUGAUGAGCAAGUAGACACCUAUAUGUAUGCCAUUAAUAGGAGUGCAAAAUUUCACAAAAAUAAAAAAUAUAUUUAUUAUGCCUGUCAGUUCGAUGCUGCUAGGUUCUAUACGCCUUUUAAAUGUAAAACAAGUAGGCGUAAAAAAGUGGGCUAUGUGCCACAUGCUUUUUGCCCAUCUCGUAUGUUUGUGCAUGUAACUAAAGAUAACGUGCAGGUGAGAUAUGUGAAAACUCAUCAUAAUCAUAAAGUAUCAUUCGAAAAUGUUAAAUGGAAUCGUUUUCCUAGAAAAUUCAAAAGAAAAAUAAAGCUAUAUUUAGCACGUGGGAUGGAUCCAAAGAAAAUUUUGAAAUAUUGCCAAGAAAAUCAGGGUGAAAAAGAAUCAUAUGAGGGUAAAAAGAAACACACAAUAUUUGCAACUUCAAAGCAGAUUAGUUCUUGGUCAUAUGAAUUGAAAAAGUCACAAAGCUUGCAUACUGAUGAUGCAACUGCUGUAGCGUACUGGGUGCACAAAAAUAAAGAAAAAGUUUUAGUAUAUAAACCUCAAGGCCUUCAAACAAAUAUAGGGAACCGUGAUCUGGAUGAAACUGCUGAUGCAAAUACUUUAUUUGCAUUGGGUAUUCAAAGGGAUAGACAAUAUUUGCAAUUAAAGGAGGGAAGUGGGGAUAGAGUUUUGUGCAUUGAUGCUACUCAUUGCACAAAUCAAUAUAAAUUUUAUUUGGUAAAUUUGGUAAUUUCUGAUUGUUUUGGAAGAGGGUAUCCUGUAGGGCACUUUAUUACAAAUUCGAUGACCUAUGAAGUGCUGAGAUCCCUUUUCUCAAAUAUUAUGACUCAACAUCCAGAUCUCUCAGUUUCCUAUAUUAUGACAGACGAUGAUCCAGCAUUAUAUAAAGCUGCCAUGGAUGUUUUUGGGAAGGGAAACAAGAAGCUCAGACAUUUGUUAUGUAAAUGGCACAUAGAACGAGCUUGGACAAAACAACUGGGGGUCAAAAUUAAAAAUCAAAUUGUGAGAGAGCUGGUAUACAAAGAUUUGAAAAAAUUAUUGCUUCUCCGGAGAAGAGAUCAGUUUAAGAAAUUUCAAAAAUCGUUUAUUGAAAAAUACUCCCAAAGUAGACACACAAAAGCAUUUGCAGAAUACUACGAGAAAUAUUAUUCAAAUGAAGAGAGAGUGAAAAAAUGGGCCUUUUGUUACAGAACUUUUUGGCACUUUAAAACUGAUACUAAUAUGUUAGUUGAAGCUUAUCAUAAUGAAUUAAAAACACACUGGUUUAAACGCUGUCCAAACAGACGAUUAGAUGAUUUGCUGGAUACACUGCUUGCUAUUGAGGCAAAUAAAUACCUGCAAAAUUUUUACAAAAAGGAAGUGGGUAUGCCAACAAUCUAUGAUAAGCUGGGUGAUGAUAAUACUCAUAAUUUAGGAGUUGAAAUUUCAGAUAGUGAUGUCAUUACUAUGAUUAAUGAGUUUUCAUGGAAAAUUCGUUCACAGCGUGACUGUAGUGUUUUUUAUGAAGUUGAGAAACUUCGAAAUCAAUGUUCUAUUCCUGAUCAUUGUUCUAUAAAGUGUACUCGUGUUCCUUGCAAUGAUUUAUGUGCCCAUUUGUAUCAAUGUAGUUGUCCCCAUAUUUGUGGUCUAUGUAAGCACAUUCACAAGAUUCAUAUUUUUUCAAAAGAUUCUUCUCGAAAUUUCCAUGCUGGUUUGAGUAAUUUUAAAAUUGAACAUUUUCGAGAAAGGAGGACUUGCGAUGAAAAUAUUCGAGUUGAAAAUACAGCGAAUAAGACUUUCACUGAAAUGCAACGUUUAACUCUACAUAUGGAUGUUUUGGAAAAACUAGAUGUUCUUGAUCAGCAACAAGUGUAUAAAAAUUUAAGAAUUGCUAACGAUAUUAUUGACGCUUCUAAAUCUUCAGAUGUAAUUUCUCCUCCAAAGCUUACUGUACCUUCCAAAAUCUCUCCCAAUUCAAAAUUGCAAACACAAAAUGCCCAACUUCAUCAAACUGUAAAAAAUCGUAAAAUACCACGCAAGAAAUUACAAUAUUCAGGUUCCUUUCCAUCAACAUUUACACCAGCAAUUCAUAGUGAAAAUGAACUCACUAAAACUAUCUUCAAUGUAGGCCCUUAUAAUAUAUCCUUACUUUAUUUGAAAUCCAUAGAAAAUGAUCUACCACCUGCAGAACGUAAUUUGUGUGAAGAACAUGAUGAGGAUUUUCGAGUAGGUUGGUUGUUCGACAGCAUCAUUGAUGCCUAUUUGAGUAUACUGUGCUCUCCACAUCCCUAUGUGCAUGUCUUGGAUACAGCAUUUUAUAAUUAUCUGCGUGAAAAUGAAGGCAAUGUAUCCGAAAAAAGUUGGGCUUUUCUUGACAAUCGUGCUUUGCAAAAAUUAUUUAUGCCUUUCAAUUUGAAUGGCAAUCAUUGGGCACUUCUUGUUUUUUACAUUAAUGUUUUGAAAAGGGAUAUAGCAAUUUUAUUGUUUGAUUCGAAUAAUGCCGAUAAUGUUAAUGAUUCAUCAAUAAAAUAUAUUGUAGGUUUGUGGAAAGAAAUUUUAAAGCGAAAAUUUCCUUCCUUCAAAAUUAGGGAUCUAAUUCAACCUAAACAUGCCUUACAAAAAGAUGGUAAAAGCUGUGGUGUAUAUGUUUGUUAUUUUGUGAAACAGUUGCUUAAUAACAAUUCUGUUUCAGAUGAAUUUUCAACAGUAGAACUUCGAGAACAAAUCUACAGAACCAUUGUUGAAAGUCAAUUGAAUGACGAUGAAGAAGCCUAAUCUCACAAGAUAGCCCCCCACGAUGAUAAUCUCUGAUUGGAAUGAAAGUUGAAGUUGUGAAAAGAGGAUCUCAAAAAAAAAGUCCUCCAAUCAUUAGCUGCUCAAAACGACUCAAUUUUUGGUGAAUGUUUGAAGUUUUGUUUUUGUUGCAAAAUUCUAUAAUUUAUUUCGUUAUCAGAUUUAUAUUUUGUUAUUAUUUCGUGAUUUGUUAUCGUUUAUUCUUAAAUUUUAAAAAAAUACAAUAAGCACCACAAUUCCUCCUGUGGUUGUAAAAAUUGUAAAUAUUUAGCUAAACUUAUAAAUACCUAUGUAUGUACAUAUUAUUCAGCCACAUUACAUCCAAAGGAGAAGUCUCAAAAUAAGGCCAUUUUUUGACACCUGAAAAUUAUCGACUCGAUCGACCACUCUUGAAAUGUUGUAAAAAAAUUACCCAAAUACGAAAAUGGCCAUUUCUUUCGGCUCUAGGAGUUCCCAAAGUUGUGAAUAAAAAUAAAAAAUUAUUUUAGGAACCAUUGAGUAUUUUUCUCAGAAACUUUUUCAACGUAAAAUAUCUGUUUGAAUUCGAUAAACGUUAUGCUAGGUAAUUUUCCUUCUAUCGACCUUAGGGCGGCAGAAAUGGGAGGGGGGGUUAAUUUUUGGAAAAUUUUGGAACCACCAUUUUGAACCUACCCCUUUGAAUCCUGCUAAAAAGCUUUUUACAGUUUAUUAGUACCUGAAAGACUUUCAUUUUACCAACUUUGAGCUCAAAAAAAUUUUCCCCUGGAACUCAAAAAUCCGAUUUUCCAAUUUUUCCUGUAAGUUUCAUACUUAUAAUAAUUGAGCUUUUUUGAGUAAAAUUCUGAAGACGUGAAUUUAACGAUUUUUUUUUUCAACGAACUCAAUUUUUAAAAUUAGACCCAAAAAAGCUCAAUUAUGAAAGUUACAGGAAAAAUUAAAUGAAAAAUUAUCGAGCACUUGCUGGUGUGUUUCAAAUGCAAAUUACACUAGGUAGGGAACUUUUUUCGACUUCUUUUUUGUGUUUGGGUUGAAAAUGGGCUUAAUCAAUAGUUUUAUUAGUUUUGACCCUAAAACAAAAAACAGAGUGAGUUUUUUAAAAUUUGAGUUGUUUUUGUGGUCAGGAGAGAUAGUCAAAGUUGCAAAAUUAAAAAUGACAGUUUUCGCCCUAUUUCAAGCAUUUGUAGUGACAUCCGUAUUGUUUUGCGAAAAAAACCAAGGUCAUUUUCGAAUUCUACGCACUUUUUAAAGUAAACCAUUUUCCCCGAUUUUUGAUUUUCCAAGUUUCAAGCGCAUAAGACUAAUUUUUCUAAAUAUGAUAAAUUCAAUUUGAACUUUAGGUGAACUCAGUUCUGCGCCAGGAGUCGAUUACGUGGUGGACUAACUUCAGCGUCGCGCGCUUUGAGUUUUAAAUUAUUAUACAAAUAAAAAUCUUCCGUAUACGCUUGAAAUUUGAAAAAUCAAAAAUCGGAGAAAGUACCUAGUUUACUUAAAAAAGUGCGUAGAAUUUGAAAAUGACCUUUUUUUCGCAAAACAAUACUGAUGUCGCUACAAACUCUUGAAGCAGGGCAACUUUGAUCAUCUCAACUAACCACAAAAACAACUCAAAUUUAAAAAACUCGCUCUGUUCUUUGUUUUAGGGUCCAAAGUAUCGAUUAAGUUAUUUUCAACCGGAACACAAAUAUGCAGUUGCCUGGUGUUAUUCAAUUUAUCUGAGAACAUAUGCAUGGAUUUUUGAGUGGGUACCAGCGGAAAAUUUUAUCGAGCUGGAAAUUUGGUAGGAUAGAGGUCUUUCACAUUCUAAUGUACUGUAAAAAUCUUUUUAGCAGGGUUCAAAGGGGUCAGUUCAAAAUAUGGUGGUUCUAAAAUUUUCCAAGAAUCUAAACUCUCCAAUUUCUGUCCCGAGAGUUGAAAAUAGGUAAAUCACCUUCCAUAACAUUUAUCGAGUUCAAACAGGUAUUACACUAAAAAAGGUUUUGAAAAUAAUACUCAGUGGUUCCUAACAUUAUUUUUUCAUUCACAACUUUGGUUACCCCAGGAGCCCCAAAAAUGGUCAUUUCGAAUUUGGGACAUUUAUUACAACAUUUCAAGAAUGGCUAAAGAAUAUCGAGACUCCUCGUUUGUACACUUUUUUCGAUAGAAAAAUAUUUACUAACAAGUUCAUUCACCUUAUGUUAUUAGUUAUUACAGCUAUGAUGUUUGUUAUUCUUUUGAUUUGAAGUUAUAGAACCCAUGUUCAUUUUUGUUAAAUAUUUUAUAUAUUUUAAUUCUUAAUAAAGUUACCUUUUUUGUUUUUGUAAA